AACAACCUUCAAAAACAACCCGGAAAUCCAAAAAAGAAAGACAAAAAGAACAAGAAGGGAAAUGGUCUGCUCAAAAUGCCAAAAGAAACUCAAAUCCACCGAGCUAGCUACUCCCGGCGUCAAACGCAAAAGUGAGAUGUACUAUGGCUCGCCAGCGACCUCGGUGGGAGGUGGCGGUGGAGAAGGUAGCAAGUCUAAGCCAACGCUAGGGAAUACGGGUAUUGGCAAGAGCAAGUUGCUUAGCUCCAAGGCUAAGAAUCCUUAUGCUGCUUAUUCGUCUGCUUGUGAGAGCUGUAAGACAAAGACGGAGCAGGGGAGGAAGUUUUGUCAGCGGUGUGCUUAUAAAAAGAAUGCUUGUCCGAUGUGCGGCAAGAGUAUGGCGGGGACGUCUAAGAAGGAUCAGCCUAUUGUACAGGGACAGAAGUUUAAUCUGAAGUAGUCGAAGGACAAAUUUAGAUCGUUGGUUGAUUUGCUGUUCUGCUGGGUUGUUGGUGAAGUCCUUUAUACUGCCUUGUUUAUAUUGGGUAUGGAUUAAACUAGGUUGCAUGGCGUUUUGGGCUUUGUUGAUACUGGAAAUCAAAGAACGGCUGGAGAAUUGCGAAUAAUGAUAUAGUAAAUUCAAAAGCUAGUUAUACAUGACAUACAAUAUAUAUGCAGUUCUGGC